AAAAUAUCAUAGAUGUCACGCUGAGUAUAUUGUGUCCGUACAUAUGUAUCGCCGGAUGCCCCGCCGCGGGGAAGACUUGACCCAGUUGGGUAGCGAGAUCAACUAUCAACACCGGCCUUGUCAAACCACAUGGCUCGCGUGUCACGGCCACAUGACAUCAGAACAAGUCAGAAAGGGCGUAUUUUCAAGAAUGCGAUCGAAGAAAGUCGCCAUCAUCGGAGCCGGUCCCUCAGGACUUGUCACCGCAAAGACGCUUAUACAUGAUUAUCCCGGAGGCACAUACUCGCCCAUUAUCUUCGACGCGCGCCAUGAAGUCGGGGGCCUGUGGCCCACUGGGUCUUCCGAAACCCAAGAUCGACAGAGCACGGAUUCGCGGGGGACACUAGACCCUUUCAUGAGAACUAAUCUCGGUCGAUUCACGGUGGCGUUUUCUGACUUAUCGUGGGAAUCUGCUUUGAAUAUUGCAGAUGGUCCGAUGUUUCCGCAGGCGCGACAGGUCGGACAGUAUUUAGCUGCUUAUAGUCAGCGGUAUAUCCCGAGGGAUGUGUUGAGAUUGGGACAUCGAGUUGUUAAGACGGAGCGUUUGACUGGCUCAGAUGCCACUUUCAAGUGGAGGGUAUCCUGGGUGAAAGGGAGCGCACAAAAUACCAACCAAGAAGCAACUCCGCAGACCAGGAUUGAGUCUGAAGACUUUGACUUUCUCGUCGUCGCAUCCGGAUACUUUGCUCGUCCAUAUUUUCCAGUACUUCCGGGACUAGGGCAAUUCACGGGGCAGGUGAUCCAUAGCUCUGCCCUGGAAAAAGGCCGCACCGCUCUCUCCACCAAUGCAGAAACUACUCCUCGAGGAAACACAGUCGUUAUUGGCGGUGGCAUGUCGGGAGUCGAAGCUGCAUCUGCACUUGCUCUACGAGAAUCGUCACUGCGUCUCUCUCGAGGCCCUGUUUCAAACAGCCCACCAAACCACGGCAAGGUAUACCACGUCCAUUCUCGGCCUUGCUGGACUCUACCCACCUAUCUCCCUUGCGAAAGCUCUGGGAAUACUGUAUCUUUCUUACCUCUGGACUUGGCAAUGUAUGAUCUGAGUCGCCGGCCACCAGGUCCGGUGGAGUAUACGCUAGGUCCCCUCUCGGAGGAAAAGAUUGCGAAAAGCAACAAUUAUUUCCGGUCCCUGCUUGGCACCGAGUAUGAAAGAUACGGAUACUCGCCACAACGACCUGGUUUGGCAAACGCGGACUGCCAACCAGAAUGGGUAGCUAUAGGGAAUGACUAUGCCGAGUUUGUCCGAUCUGGCGAGAUAGACACCAUCAUGGGUCGAGUGACUUCGAUUCAUCCGCAAACUGACACGAGGAUUGCCUCGAUUCGGAUCGAGACAACUGAAGGCCCUCAGAUAUUUGAGGAUGUGACUUCGAUCGUGAUGGCUACGGGAUUCACCCCUUUCGAUUCGCUAUCUUUUCUACCCGAAGAUGUUCUGUCUAGCCUGGAGUACAACAAAACCGACCCAUUCUUACCCCUAAUCCUGGAUAAAGGCGGCACGCUACGCUCAGAGAUACCAGAUAUAGGAUUUGUCGGAUUCUACCGUGGCCCCUACUGGGGCGUCAUGGAAAUGCAAGCGAAAUUCCUCGGCAAGGAAUGGGUAGAUGACCAGAGUACCCCCGCCGGUACUCAGACCAAUGCCGAUAGAGAGAGGGAAAUUCUUCGAAUUCUGAGACAGCCCAGCGCGGAUGUUCGCCGUGCACAAUUUCCGAUGGGUGACUAUGUAGGGUUGAUGGAAACAUUUGCCAAGGAUCUGCAAAUAGAGCGGACAGCUUUGUCCGAUGACGAAAGUCAAGCUGGGCCCGUGAUACCUGCACGAUAUGCCCGUGGAGAGGAUGAUGACGAGGUACGCCGCACUUUAGAUAGCUUGCGAGCUAUCUCAUGUCAGGAUCAAUCUACGGCGGCCCAAGCCGCGGCAUCGUUAGCCGUGUUCAGGGCUUUACAUGGAACGUGGAGGUAUAUCCAGACUUCGGGGCCUGGGGAACGGGUGGAAUUUGGCGCGGCGGCGUUCAGACCACGGUAUCCGUCGAAUCCGAAGUAUGACCGGGAGUAUGUUUUGGAAACAGGUCCAAAUGAAGUUUCAUCAGCGGAGUGCCAAGCAUCAUCAGUUGGGAGCGCAGUUUUCUGUCUGUCGGAAGCUGGUACCGGGGAGUCAAACUCAUGGAUUGAAGUAUACGAUGUCUCUGUGGAUGGAGACAGAGAAGAUCGAGGGUCUUAUAGAUUAAGUUUGACGCCGUUUUACCGGAAGGACGGAGCUGGAGAAUAUGUGAUCUAUGCCAAGAGCAUUCACGCCAAUGCUGCUGAUGAGUCGACUGCAAGGCAAGUCAGAUACACCUUCCACUUUCAGGGUGUCUCUAUCCACGAGUGGGAGUGUGUCCAGCCCGGAGAUCACAACUCCGAAGCCACCACAAACUCCAAGAGUCGAUCUCAGCCUUAUCGGCGAACUGUUUACAGGAGAUAGAAAGUCAUGCUGAGAUUACCGAAUACAAUAUGAGACAAUGGCAACGUGCCGAUUCUCAGACAUUGCUGCCAGGCUGACACCUUGACAAAUGUCAGUGGGGCAAUUGAGCCAGAAACCACAUGUUCCGAUAUAGACUAACACUAGUGUAAUGCUUUGGCAUCAAUAUGUCGGGUUGAGACCGAUCCUCCAUCGAGAAGAUCCGUUAUCCACUAUCCCAAGCUAAAAGUCUAAUAUCGACUGACAGACCAGUCCACCGAUCCUUUAACUCUAUCUCUCGCAUUUUGAUCCUCCGUCCAAGUUCUUACUACUCCCCUGCUCUUUUCAACCAAUUAAACGCCUGCAGGUAUAGCUCACGCCUUCCACUUUCGGUCUUCAAUGAUACUUUCGUCGGCCUCGGCCGGAUCGCACGGUGCAGCUUCGGGUCCCGUGGAUUUGAUCUUUGAACCCGUGAACCGGGGUUGAAGUCUGUCGGGAUCACCGGGCCGGCCGUAUUGUGCCAAUGAAUUCAAGAAGAAAAUGCCAGAGUUUGGUUCCAGAUCAUGUUAACGUUGCAUUCAGGAAGCUCUCGG